UGCUAUAUAAGAGCCAUGGAUUGGACGUUCGAGUGCACAGUGUUAACUGGUACUUUAAGGUGAUACCAUUUGCAAAAUGAAGUCCCUGCUUCUUCUGGUGAUUAUCGGAACCCUAACCGCCUCUCAAGGCGCUCAAGUGGCUGAACGUUUUGCUGCUCAGCAGCGUUCUGUUUCCAGUAUAAUUGUGGAUACUCUGGAGUCCAUGAAAGUGCAAAUGGUGGAUGGUUGGGAACAAUUUGGCAUACCACCACUUGCACCACUUAAGAUAUCCCAUAAGGACUUUAACUAUGAAUCUGGCGAGAUUUUUGCUAAUGGCGAGUUUGAUGCCCUGGAAGUGAAUGGUCUGAACGAAUUCGAAAUUAAAGUCAUGGAUGCCAACCUGGUGAUCAGUCGUAUCAAGUACGAGCUCGUUUUUGCCAGCCUUAAUGUGACCACUCAGUACAAGGCUAACGUGGGUGCUGGUUAUCAGUUAGCGCGUGAUGGUGGCGCCUUCUUGGCCCUGGAGAAUUUAAGAGUCUACGGUCAGAUCAAGUACUCUACAGGACUUGGAGGUAGUAACUAUUUUCGCAUCAAGGAGCUUCAGGUUAACAUCGCAGUGGACAAGGUGGUUUCAAAUAUUGAAAACCUAUCCAAGUACCGCAUAUUGAAUCGCAAACUUAACGAGAUUGUCGAGGAGUUCGUCAACAUAACAAUCAAUGAGAAUACCAAGCUCGUCGCUGAUUGGAUCGAUACCACGGUGACUCCCGUAUGCAACGAUUUCAUUGGAGAUCGCACAAUUAAAGAUCUGCUGGAUAUCAUUAAUGGCGGUGGCAGCAAUUAGAUUUAUUACAUCAGCGACUAAUAAAAAUAGCGAAAAAUUUAACUCUG